AUGAGCUCAUCGCCCGACGCCGUUGCCGACCAGACGCAUACCAAGCCGGUUUCAAACCUCACCUACCUGCACAAGCACCAGCCCAAGUCCGGCAAGCAGCACGACAGCCCCAACGCGCGUGGUCGCAACCCUUCGAGACAUGAGCUGGGAAGAAGAAAUAGGCAGGGUGAACGGGUUACGCGCAUCUAUCCCAGACAAGUAACAACCUCUCCCUCGUCUGCAAAGCGCCUGUCGUCCACCUCUCCGCCGACAAACUACAAUGCCACCGCCUCUCCCUUGCUGUCGGCCAUUGGUGCCACGCGAAACACUGCCGCCCAGUACACGACCGAGUGGGCCAAGUCGGUACCCUUCUUCCCACACCAAGGCUCUCCAGGCAAUGGCGCCAUAGCUAUUGCAGGCUCUCCACCCACCUUCCACAACUCGCCCAGUGCCCGAGAAGGCCUAUACCAACACCAAGCCAUGUCCAACUCACCACCCGGGCCACGGCCCCUAAGCCAUCCUAACCAGUACACAACCUUUGGCGGAAGGAUGCAGCACUCGCCGGGCAGCGACCGUAGGGCCUCCAUCUACUCGCAAAGUGGCCGCACCCCUUCGCACCAGUUUGUUCCUAACCCCCCGCUGCCUCACCAGCCACAAGCCCAUUACUAUGGCCUGCCCAACCUUGACUUCCUAAGCGCCCCGAGUAGCGGCCUCCAGCCUGGCCAAGGCGGUUGCUUCUGUGGCUUCGACACACUAUCCAUGGCCGGAGACGAAGCAGCUCGCUCUGCUGAGAACGUCCUGCUCGUCGGGUGUCAAGGCGGCCUCGAUGUCUUUCGCGUCGAAAAGAGCAAGAUGGAUAUCGUAGGUCGCCUGGAAGGCCUGCGAGGCGCCGUAAUAGGCGCAAAGAUCCUGCCAUGGUCAUCACGGAGAGAUCCGCUGGCCGCCUCCCGCCCACUUAUUGCACUGAUUCUGCACGGCCCAGUCAUCAAGGACAGCCAGAACAGCAGUGCAAGUGGCUCGUCCUCGGUCGCAGAUGAUUCGGCUUCCGAUUCCCCCAGCAGGCCAUCUUCACGACUUGGCAACCAUGAAAAUGGCCAGAUCAGCGGUUAUCAAACCACUGUCGAGGUUUAUUCCCUCAAGGAGAGACGGAGGUUGGCUAUCCUGUACAGAACACCAAUGACCCCCCUCACCAGCCCAAUCGAUAGUCCCAUGUUCCAGCCGCCACCACCGGUAGGCGACUUGGUCGUUGAUGCAAAGGGAAAGUUUGUCGUGGUUGCUUCAGGCGCAAGCGGCGAAGUGUUCAUCUUCGCACCCUACACAGAAGGUCACUUGGAGUAUGCCGAGCGUUUCCGCUGCAUCGGCAAGCUGUGGACCUCUGUCCAAAAUCGGGAACGAGCCGUGCAUUCGAAUGGUUCUAGUGCCGCUGAUGGAAGCCACGACGAAAUACCACCGGACAAGUAUGGCUUACCUGUCUUCUCGCUCUCCGACCGUUGGCUUGCCCUUUCUCCACCAGCAUCAAGCUCACUCUAUCCUGUUAAUGGGGUGGCACUGACAUCGCCCUACUACGAGCGUGCCCCGGGCCUUGCACAUCACAGUGUGCCGCCUCAACCGUUGCCCAACUGUGCUGUCGAUGCACCUGAUGAGGCAGGCUUGAUUGACAGGCUUACCCGUGAAGGAACCCAAGUAGCUAUCAAAGGCGCACGAUGGGCCACCGAGAAGGGAAUGCAGGCGAUCAAGAGCUAUAUGAACAAGGGCCAGCAAGGCAAUGGUGUCUCGCAGAACCAGGACCCGAUGCAGCAUUACUUUCCGCCGACACAUGGCUACAGCCAGGCUCAACCAAGGCAAGAAGCCGCUGUCAUCUCAGUCUUUGAUCUGCAAAAGUUGGUGGAUGCAGAAGAGACCAGAAGCAAGAGUGCUCUCCAGCCCGUUGCAACUGUCCCGGCCGCCUUGGGAUGCAGCUUUCUUUCCUUUUCCCCUAGCGGACUGAUGCUCAUGUCGGUGAGCAAGAAGGGUGACUAUCAAGACGUUUGGGAUCUGAAGCGUAUGCAUUUCCGACGAGCGCGCAAGACAGCAAGGGAACAACCUACAGGACCACAUGUUCGGCAAGUUGCUCGAUUUACCCGCAUGACAGUUGCAAAUGUCAUUGAUGUGGUAUGGUCUGCUCCCAGAGCUGACAGGUUGGCCGUGAUUACCGAUAAAGGAACGGUGCACAUGUUUUCCAUGCCGGCAUCCGCAUUCCAGUGGCCACCUGCUAGGCGGACUCGACCAGCGGCCCAGCCAGCUCAACCCAAGGAAUCGACCCCUCCCAACGGAUCCACAGGCGCAGUCAACUCAGCAAUGCAAGCCAUCAAUAGCGCCAAGCCCUGGUUUGAUGCUGUCCGGACAAGAACCAACAGUGGUUCUCGUUUCAGUCUCAGUGGUCUUGCUGUAACACCUGUUGUGAGCGCCAAAUCUGGCAAAGCUGUAGCCGCUGGGGUGGGCAAGUCGAUUAACAACAUCCGGCAUGCGGGUGACAAUAAAUUGACACUCCCAUCCUCUUCCAGUGGCAUCAAACCCUAUAGUGUUCGUUGGUUGUCUGGAAGGGGUCGUGGCUCAAUCGCACUGGUCUCUGGCGGUGUACUUCAGAUCUGGCGGGUCCAGAUGCGACCUGCUGCCGGCAAAGGGAAAUCGGGCAAUACAGCCUCAAUCACCAAGAAGAAAGCCGUAGAGUUCGGGCUAGCUCCCAUUCCAGACAUAUCAUUCCCACCAGUGGUCACAGAGCAAAUUAUGCCGCAACCCGGAGACCCAGAGCCAAUCCAGGAGUGCUAUGGAGACUGGUUGCCACGAAGCUUGCCAUGUCGCAAACCCGCCGGCCCGACUCUUGCACCGCUCAGUUUCUCCGAGAUUGAGACCAACCCGCCUUACCAGCCUUUCUACACAGACAAGCGCGUGACGAGAUUUGUCUACGCAAGGCAGGCGUCAGAGGUUCAUGGCAGCGCCAGCGAGUACCAGCCAACACUUCCCGAACUGGUCUCGGAUCUCCAUCACGAUGACCCAUCACCCUGGCUAUUUGGUGAAAGCGUAGAGGCGACACGACUCUCUUCACCUGUGGCCCCAGCCUACGACUCGGGCGAGGACGACAUCACUGGAGUUGCUGCCAGGAUUGAGAACAAGCUUGUGUUGCGAGAUGGUGAAGAAGAGGUAGAACAAGUUGUCGUGACCACCAGGCGACGACGAAUUAAGAAAGACGGUAUCAACGGUGGUGAAGAAGGUUUCUUCGAAGAUGACUGCGAGGUUCUUGAUUUUGCAGAGGAUAGGGUGUGA